AUGGACGAAAAGAAUUCUGUUGCUGAACCAAAUACAGUUCAGGCCACUGCAGCGUCGCCACCUUCCUACGGCGACCUCAACUCUAUCCGAGAUAGCUUUGGUCAGCGAUUCUUGGAUAGCUUCAAGCGAGACACAAACGUUCAUGUCACAUGCGGUAAUGUGUCAAAUACAGAUGGAACAGGAUUUGAUGUUGAGCAGGCCGCGCAGAACACCGCGCAUUCGCCGCUGCAGCGUCGCCUGAAAGGUCGUACUGGGCUUUUCGUCGGAUCAGGAGUAGUCCUGAACACCGGAGGUCCGGCGUCGGUGGUCAUUGCUUAUGUUCUCAUUGGUGUUAUGCUGUACUGUACGGUCCACGCCCUGGGUGAAAUGGCUGUCCUUUUUCCUGUCGCUGGUUCCUUUUCCCACUAUUCGACGCGUUUUUUGGACCCUGCUUGGGGCUUCGCCAUGGGCUGGAACUAUGCUCUGGGGUGGCUCAUCGUCUUACCGUUGGAAAUUGUCGCCGCUUCUAUCACGAUCGAAUACUGGAGUCCGGGGAUCUCGAAUGCUGCUUGGGUGGCAGUAUUCUGGGCCCUUAUAGUCUCUAUCAACUUAUUUGGCGUUCGGGGCUACGGUGAAGCGGAGUUUGUGUUCUCCGUGAUUAAGGUCGUUGCGGUUGUUGGGUUUAUUAUUCUCGCAAUUGUUAUUAACUGUGGCGGCGGUCCGGAGAGAGGCUAUAUUAGUGGUAAGUAUUGGCAUAACCCUGGCGCCUUCUAUAAUAAUUUUAAAGGUCUAUACAGCGUAUUUAUUAACGCUGCCUUUGCCUUCGGCGGCACCGAACUGGUCGGACUAGCUGCAGCCGAGACCGCGAAUCCUCGCAAGUCGCUUCCUAUUGCUAUUAAGCAAGUGUUCUGGCGUAUUACUUUCUUCUACGUAGUUUCCCUCACCCUUGUCGGUCUCCUAGUUCGGUAUAACGAUGAGAGACUUAUCCACAAGUCUUCGUCUGCUAAUACACACGCUUCUCUAUUCGUUAUCGCUAUCGAGAAUGCUGGUAUUAAGGUUCUACCCUCUAUCAUGAAUGUCGUUAUUAUGAUUUCUGUCCUUUCCGUCGGUAGCUCUUCGGUGUAUAGCUCAUCACGCACGUUAGCCGCGCUCGCUGAACAGGGCCAGGCGCCCCAAUUCCUUGCAUAUAUCGACCGAAAGGGCCGGCCUCUUUGUGCUGUCUACGUUGCCUCCGCCAUAGGUUUGCUCUGCUUCCUCGCGGCCUCGGAUGAACAAAUAACCGCCUUCGGUUGGAUGAUGGCUAUCUCGGGUUUGUCAUCCAUCUUCACAUGGGGAUCAAUCUGCCUUUCCCACAUCCGGUUCCGCCGUGCAUGGAAGGUCCAGGGGCAUAGUGUCGACGAUCUGCCCUUUAAGUCUCAGCCUGGCAUCAUCGGCUCGUGGAUCGGUUUCAUUUUCAAUUGUCUGGUGCUGAUCGCUCAGUUUUGGGUGGGUUUUGCUCCCAUCGGCUACGCAGAGAUGUCCGCGUCGGAUCUGGCCUACAACUUUUUCUCCGUUUACCUUGCGGCCCCUGUCGUCCUAGCGUUCUAUAUUAUAUACAAAAUCUGGUUCCGCACCAACUUCGUGCGAUGCCACCAGGUGGACCUAAACUAUGGCCGUCGCGACCUGCAUAUCCAGCACCUGAUCAGCCAGGAGAAGGUGGAUCAAGCGGCAUUGCCUGCGUGGAAGAAGUUCUACAAGCUCUUCUGCUAG